AUGCCUCCAAAGAAGAAUCAGCCGGACCUUUCGAAGAAGAAUAAGCAGAAAAAGUCUCAGAAGAGUCUAGAGGACAAAACUUUUGGUCUAAAGAACAAAAAUAAGUCCAAAAAGGUUCAAGAAUACAUAAGUCAGGUCAAAUCUACUUCUGUCUCAUCAGCAAGCAAAGAAGCUGCCGCUGCCAAAAGAAGAGCUGAGGAAAAGAAGGCUGCCGAACAGGCCAAACUGGAGGCAGCAAAACUCUUUAAUCCAGUCGCUAUAGAACAAAAGGUGCCCUUCGGUGUUGAUCCUAAAUCGAUCCUAUGUGUCAACUUCAAACAGGGUGUAUGUAAGAAGGGUCCAAAGUGUAAGUUUUCCCACGAUUUGGAGAUUGGUAGGAAAGUUGUCAAGAAAGACCUGUACACAGAUGCCAGAGCGCCAGACUCCAAGACUGAUGAUACUAUGGAGGAUUGGGAUGAAGAAAAAUUGCGAUCGGUUAUUUCUUCAAAGCAAGGUAAUCCUCAAACGACGACGGAUAAAGUAUGUAAAUUUUUCAUUGAGGCUGUCGAAAACAGUAAAUAUGGAUGGUUUUGGGAGUGUCCAAACGGUAAGGAUUGUAAAUACAAGCAUUCCUUACCUCCUGGAUUCACUCUGAAGACCAAGGAACAGAAACGUCUGGAGAGAUUGGCUGCAGACCAACAGCCAAAGAUAACAUUGGAAGAGUUGAUUGAAAAGGAACGUGACAAGUUGCCUAAAAAGGACCUCACACCAAUCACCUGGGAAACGUUUGUUAAGUGGAAGGCAGAACAUGUCAAAAGGAAACAGGAAUUGCAGGCAAAGAAAGACAUCAAAGACAAAAAACCAAAGACAGGAAAAGAGAUCAUCUUGGAGAAAUUCUCUGAUAAAUUCUUCCAGGCUGAAGAAAUAUCGGCAGAUAAAGGAGUCGCCUUCGAUCUUUCUCAAUUCCGUAUAAGUGAUAAUAAUAUUGCAGACGAAGGUGUCGCUUUCAGGGAUUAUGGUGAUGGUAGUGCAGCAUUUGCUGAGUCACAGAGACUUCCUCCAAAAACAAGUUUUCCACUUAGAGAGCAUGAGAAGAUUUUUCCUUUUCCAAUUGCAUAUCGUUAG